CCAAUUAGAACGCCAUAUUGCAAAAUGUCAACUAAACCUUGGAUUUUGAUUGAACCAUCUUGCUCAAGGAUCGGGAAACUCUGAGUGACAGGCAGAACAUCCGAGUCCGACGCAGAAUAGGAAUUAAUGGAAAGAAUUAUACGCUUUGAGGAAGGAGAUAAAUAUAUUUGCAGAAGAAAUAGGCUUGAAAGGGAUGAAAUAUGUCAGUCAGUCUCGUUGUGAUAAGGUUGGAGACCGCAGAUGAAAGUCCGACCCUAAAACACAUUGAAUACCAAGCUCCCAAACGGACCAAAGACAACGGGCUGGAUCGUGAAGCCAGUCCAUCUGAGUGGCCGCUGCUUGUGACUGAUACCCUUCUCUCCAUUCACCGAGGACGAAGAGAACCCAUUCAGGUCACAGUGACAACACUCGAGGAAAAACAUAUUCUUGAGGCUUUAACAUCAAGUUCCACGGAAGAAGAAGAUCCAGACAUGGAUCCAAAAGCCAAAGGAGGUUCCGUAGAGAAGAAUGCAGGUGACAAUUCCUCGGAGACGAGCUGUAUGAGUUCAGGCGGAGUCCCUCGAAGAACAAGUAAAGAGUCAACACCAGGAGCAUCAAGCAGUAAAGAAGGCACCCCCGGGCCCAGUGAGGAUGGCACUGGGAGAAGAGGGCGUAGCAUUAAGGACAGAGUCACCUUUGUGUCUGGAAAUCCAAUGGUGGAUGUUACCCAUGGAAUUUUGCAUCUGUACAAGGAAAAUACAAAGACAAGCUUAGAGGAGACUGAAUCACGAUCAGAAAUGUUGUGCAUGUUGGCUGUUCCCACUUGUAUGACAAUUCAUGACCUCCUCCAAUUCACAGCCCCGUGCUACUCUGAGAUACAGCAUAUGAGAAUCAUCAGAGAUCCUACACCCAACCAGUACAUGGUGCUAAUCAAAUUCCGAACACAGGGUGAUGCUGAUAUGUUCUACAAUACAUUCAAUGGGCAGCGUUAUAACACAAUUGAGCCAGACAUUUGCCGUCUUGUGUAUGUUGCCAGAGUAGAGACUACAAAGGAGUCUGAGGAUGGGGGUUUACCUAAUAUAACUCCAGGGAUCACUCCAUGGGACUCGAGUGUGCACAAACAACCCAUCAAGCAAUUGAUUAAUUUGCCGCGCAAAGACAAAGAAUCAGUGAAUACAUCUGCGAAAUACUAG